AUGCGAUGGGACCGAGGUGCCCAUGCCGACAUGAUGCUGGCGGGCAAGAAUCGAAUCAACUCGUUGUCCCUGGAGAAUGAUAUCAAGAGUGGUAACUUCGAGGGCUACGACAUGAAAGGCACGGAGGAUCGCCUGGGAAGCAAGUUGACCACCAACUACGACAAGGCAGUGAAGCCGGUCUGCGAGGAGAUUGCCGUGGCGGUGAAUGCACGGCCGCCCGGUGAUCGAGACGAUUUUUCGACGAUCGAGACGAUGGACCAAGCCGUGGGUGGUUCUCGCACCAGCCUGGAUGAUGCCACGAAGCGAUAUCUCUGCGAUCGCACGGACCUGAAGAAAAAGAAGGAAGAGGGGGGGGAGUUCUCCUACACCAAAGCUGCAAAAGAAAUGAACGAUCAAAAACUGGAGGAGAUGCGUGCGGAACGAAAAGCUGAACGUGAGGCACGGCUAAAGAUGUUCCGACGACCUCGCGAUCAAAUCGUGACUAAGUGA